AUGGUGAGCGCGUGGAACGCGGGCGGACUUCAGGCCAAUGCAACUGCCUUCUGCCCACCGAGCAGGAUUGUGGCAGAGAGCGAGAGCCUAGAGGACAAGGAUCCAACAGCAUGGGAUGUGCCUGUGGAUCCUGCUGGGCAGGCCCUAUGUGACAACAUGCGCGAACUGACGGCCCACUUACGUGGGAUUUACCACUCCCUCAGUCAUGAGGACCCGGAUGUGGACCAUCAGAGCUCGGGCCAUCCGUUGGUCGCCCUUUGCGAUAGUAUGCGAGAGCUGACAGCUCAGCUCCGCGGCAUUUUCCACUCCUUGAAAACGGAGGAGACGGAUGCUGAGAAAGAUGUGAAGCGGACCCGGCAUCCUUUGGUGGCCUCGCUCGCCGAGUCGCUGCACCGGGAGGCCCUCCGCAUGUUAGACGAUGUGCCCAUGAAGCCUGCCAAGGGCGCCAACGAGGCGCAUCCUCCGCCCAGUUCAGGUGUUUUACCGUCUGAAAAGAAGCUUUCGCCCAGCUGUGAGUCCAGGACGGCCACCAGCCGCCGGACGCGACCGAGGCCACGUGGUCCAGGAAGCCCGGGGAGCCAGGCGCGUGGAGCCAGGCACGAGACGCCCACGCUUCGAAAACGCGCAGCCUCCCGGGAAUCGGGACCCGAGCGACUGAAGCGCUUGGGCCUGGUGGGCAUCCCACCGAAGGACGAGGCCAGCGGCCAGUCUGGAACCAGGCGCCUGCGACGUCAGCCGGUGGAGGAAGGGGAGGCGAAGCGGCCGGUUUCAGCGAAGCGUUCUCCGGUGCAGCGCGCCAGCUCCAAGAAGGGAAGCGGUCCCGGCGCUGUUCCGGAGACACAGAAGCAGAGCAGUGAGAAGCUCAAGGCUUCCAAGAACAAGGCCACGUUGGGUGAGUCCCUUCGACCCCCCGAAGUGAGGCGCGAGGCGGCGGGAGCCGCAGUCGCUCCCGCGCCGCAGAAGAGGGCCGCCUCGCGGGAGUCGGGCUCGGAGCGCUUGAAACGCCUGGGCUUGGUGGUCCUUCCGCCACGGAAGGAUGAGGCCACCGCGACCCGCGACCCGAAAACUCCGGGCGCGGUCGCGGGGACCGCUCCGAGGCGGACCUCCGCGGCCCCACGCCGCUCUCCGGUCUCAGAGGGCGGGCCAGCCGGAAACAAGCGAACGCCAUCCAAGCGUGCUCCGGUGCGGCCCAGCUCCAAGAAGCUGCAGAAGGGCAUCUCCGCUGCCCGUGGACCGGCCGACCAGCCGAGUGCGGCGAGCGGAGACGCCCGCGACGGCCGCGACGUCCGCGACGUGCGGCAUGCGGUGCCCAGCACGUGCAGCAAGGAGAGCGAAGCAAUGGAUGAGGACGUGAGGCGGAUGUUGGAAUGGGCAGCCGCAGAGGCAGCCCACACCAGGCGUGUGGCAACACGCGUGGCGAACUUGCCAACGUCUAGCGAUGUCCACUAUUCCGUGGCCCGAAUUCGAGAAAGCAACCAGGGCCGCUUGGCGAACCGCCUCCGAGCUGCCACGCUGAACCGCGCGAGGUUAGCCAGGCAGGCGAUGCAGUCCAUGGUGCGAUCCGACCAUCGACCGCUCGCGCAGGAGAGACUAGGCCUGAGGACGGAUGGACCGAUGGACGACGGAGCGAUGCGCCCGGAGGCCUUCGCCGCGUGGGGCGACCGAGAUCAAGAGCCUGAAGAGGUGAGCAUCGGAGAGGAACUGGACAGUGAGAUGUCGCCCGAUGAGAUCGACGAGAAGGAAGCGUCCUUCUUGACCGUGGCCGAUCGCCAGCGCAUCGGCGAGGUGCUCGCGGAGCAACGCCGCCGGCGCGGACCGCCCGACGCGGCGGGACGGGGCGCAGCGGCGCCGUCAGAGCCGUCGCCGCGGAGGCGGGUGGAGGGUGGAGGGCGAGGACGUGAGGAAUCAAGUGCAGCAGGUGGAAGGGAGAUGGGCGAACUGGUAGAACUGAUAGUUCAGAAGAUGGACACCCGAGGAGGCAGCCCGGGCGGGCCGGACUCCGGCGCCCUGGGCAGUGCCUGGCAUUCCUUCGCCUCGAAGACCAGCGAGGCGAGGCCUUCCAGCACGGGUGGUGACUGGCAGGGCUUGAUGGCGUGA